UUUUUUUUUAACUUCAUUUUUUUUUUUUCAAAAAUUGGGAUUUUUCUUUUUAAAAGCGUUUGACUUAAAGUCAAAAAAGAAGAAAGCUAAAUACGAGCCAGAAAUAUUAAGACAAUAUAAAAGAUCGUAAUUUUAUUUUAGUUUAUAAAGAAAAUGAAAAAGAAAACUAAAUGCUAAUAAAUUAGACAAGCAUUAAAAGAGCAAUUACUGAUCAUGGGGCAAACUCUUUCUGAACCGAUCGUUGAUAAAGUAACUCAUCAAGGGAAAAACAAAAAUUUAUCAUACGGUCUCUCAUGUAUGCAAGGAUGGAGACUUACAAUGGAAGAUGCACAUUGUGCUGAAUUAAACAUUGAUAAUACAAAUGCAAGUUUUUUUGGUGUUUAUGAUGGUCAUGGAGGUUCAACAAUUGCUCAACAUACUGGACAAACACUUCAUCGUCGCGUAAAAAAAGAUUAUUCAAACGCUUUAAUAGAUGCUUAUAUGAAACUAGAUGAUGAGUUGAUGAAAGAUCAAAACUUUUCCUAUGAUCCUUCAGGAUGUACAGCUGUCACUGCUUUAGUGACUCCUGAUCAAAAAUUUAUAUUUGUUGCUAACGCAGGUGAUUCGAGAGCAAUAAUUAGUACAGCAGGCAAAAGUAAACCUUUAUCUUAUGAUCACAAGCCUAUUGAUCCUACAGAAAGUCAACGUAUUGUUAAAGCUGGAGGCUUUGUUGAAUUUGGACGUGUCAAUGGUAAUCUUGCACUCUCGCGUGCUAUUGGCGACUUUGAGUUUAAACAAAAUAGUAAUCUAUCUCCAAAAGAACAAGCAGUUACUUGUUUUCCAGAUGUUAUUGAACACGCAAUUACUGAAGAAGACGAAUUUUUUGUUUUAGCAUGCGAUGGUAUUUGGGAUUGUAUGACAAAUCAACAAGUUGUAAAUUAUAUUCGACAACAACUCUCUCAAAAUAUAAGAUUAGAGGAAAUUUGUGAGCAAAUGAUGGAUCAUUGUCUUGCACCAGAUAGUGAUGGAGGAGCAGUUGGAUGUGAUAAUAUGUCUGUUAUAAUUGUUGCCAUUUUGAACGGUAAAACAGAAGAAGAAUGGUAUAGUUGGAUGGCAGAACGUACUACUCUUAAAAAGGAUGCUUUAGGAAAUGAUAUUAACCCUGUAGAAGAUGGUGAUACUACAACAGAAGAAGACAAUAUCACUAAGCCAUGAUAUUAAGAUAUUCAUUUUACAUGUAUAAAUAAAUUUGUUAAAAGUAGGAUUGUACAAUAA